UUAACCACUACGGCGAUCGCUCACGCCGUGUAUACACGCGACGAUGCGCGGCGACCGCGCCGCUCGUGACACGCGUCACAACAAGGACCAUGAAAAUUUAAAAUCGUCGCUGAAAAAAGGAGUUAAGACUAAAAAACAUCGCGUGGUUUUUGACGAGAGCGCGAAUGAAUUUUUUGAAGCUGAUUAUAUUAUUGUUGUCCGCGAUGAAUGCGGAUACUCUGACGAGGACGAAAACGAGGAGUGUUCGGGAUGUGGAGCUUGCGAGCGGUUUCAGGACCCCGAGCCGGGCGCGCUCAGUCCGCCCGAGGGAUACAAAGAUAUGGGCCUUUUCAAUAGGGAUGGAACAUUGCGAGAACAAGCAUGGUGGGAUGCUGGUGAUGUGGUGCUGGUGGGCGAACGGUCCGGGACAGUGUUCACGCCGCAGCAUCUACAGCUCUUGCGGAGGCUGCAACGGGAGCGAUUGUUACGUUCCACCGUCUGUGCGGAUUGCGACGCACACCCCACGAUUCACCAGCCGCACGAAAUGGAUUAUGGUUACGAAGAAGAAGACGGCAGUGACGUUGACAGGGAAUUGCGACCUGUAGCUCGCAGGACCGGGAAGCAUAUUGCAGCUGGAGAAGAACGCCCGCGCAUCAAUUCUAGCCAACAGACUACGCCCACUGAAGGCAAGUAA